CAACGGACUUGCAGACAACGUGGGCAAAGUGAAAAAAGUGAAAAAAAAAAAAAAAUUUUGUAAAAAAACGCACACACAGGAGCGGCAUAAACACACACACACACACUAUGGAUCGCCACCAAAUUGUGGUGUUCCUGGCGCUCUUGGCCAACGUCGCCCUCGUCUGGUCAAAGGCGGUCGACUUGCCCCAACGGCAAGUGGUGGCCUUCCCCAAAGACCAAGCAGCAGAGUCCAACGUCCGCGAAAAGAAGUCGCUCAGCAAUUACCAACAAACCGGUCUGCAGCAACCGGUUCAGCUGCAGCAGGCCGAGGAACGCGUCGGAGUCCCUGACGUCGGCUACGGCGCCGUCGACGAUCACCAUCACCACCACGAAGAGCACCACCCUCACCACGAGGAGAAGCUGAAGGGCUACUGGAAGAAGAAGCUCAUCUGGAAACCGGACUGGGUGAAAACGUGGAAGCCCGGCAAGAAACAGAUAUGGAAACCGUCGUGGAAGAAGAUCUGGAAGCCCAUCUGGGUGCCGACCAAGAAGCAAGGCUGGAAGGAGGUGCACGUGCCGGUGUGGAAGAAAAUCCACAAGCCCGUGUGGGUGCCGAUCUCGGUGCCGGCGUGGAAGGAGAUCAAAGUGCCGGACUGGAAGAAGAUCUACAAGCCCGUGUGGGUGCCCAUCGAAGUGCCGGCGUGGAAGGAGAUCAAAGUGCCGGACUGGAAGAAAAUCUACAAGCCCGUGUGGAAAAUCAUUAAAGUGCCAGCAUGGAAGGAAGAACACGUGCCGGACUGGCACAAAAUCUGGGUGCCGGAGCUAGUCAAGUCCUACGUUCCCGGAUCGAAACACUUGGGCAAGGACUACCACGGUUGGGAGUACGAGGCGCACGACCUGUGGAAGAAGAAGGUCGUGUGGAAGGUGCACUGGAAGAAAGUGUGGAAGACCGUGAAAAAACAGGUGUGGGUGCCCGAGAAGAAGUUGGAAUGGAAGGAAGACUGGGUCCAGGUGUGGAAGCCGGCCAAGAAACAAAUAUGGGUCAAGGACAAGAAGUUGGCGUGGAAAGAAGCGUGGAAACAAGUGUGGCGCACCGAGAAGAAGCAGAUCUGGGUGUCCGACAAGAAACUCGAGUGGAAGGAAGACUGGAAACAAGAAUGGAAAACGGAGAAACACGAAAUCUGGAUUCCGGACAAGAAGCUGGAGUGGAAAGAAGACUGGAAACAAAUCUGGGUGCCGGACUGGAAGGAAAUCUGGCUUCCGGCGUGGAAGAAAAUCUGGAAGCCCGUGUGGAUAUCCGAAUGGUUCCCGAUCGAGGAACACCAUCACCAUCACGAUGAGCACCAAGACGCUCACGGCGGAUACAAGAAAUAAUCAAGACUGAACUGUUUCGCAUCACCAACUACCUACGUUGUGUACAUAAUAUGAAUACAUCAAUUUGUAAAUAUUGUUAUUAUUAUAUAUUAAGUUGUUAAAAUGUGUUUUUAUACUUCUAAA